GUGUGUAUUUUUUUUCUUUUUGGUGCUGGAGGUGGAGGGGGGGUGCUAGCAGGGCCAGCCCUGAACCCGCUGGACAGAACUACAGACCCAUGGGGCCUGGCAGUGCCCGCUGAGAGAGGGAGAAGACAGCAGAGGGGUUGGCAAGGCACCCUCCAAACCCCAGAUCAUGUCUCUGUGGGGUCUGGUCUCCAAAAUGCCCCCAGAAAAACUGCAGCGGCUCUAUGUUGACUUCCCUCAACACCUGCGGCAUCUCCUGGGUGACUGGCUGGAGAACCAGCCCUGGGAAUUCCUUGUCGGCUCAGACGCCUUCUGCUGCAACAUGGCCAGCGCCCUACUUUCUGCCACUGUCCAGUGUCUUCAGGCCUCAGCUGGAGAACAGGGGGAGGGGAGCACCAUCCUGCAACACAUCAGCACCCUGGAGAGCAUAUAUCAGAGGGACCCCCUGAAGCUGGUGGCCACUUUCAGACACAUACUUCAAGGGGAAAAAAAAGCCAUUAUGGAACAGUUCCGCCACCUGCCAAUGCCCUUCCACUGGAAGCAAGAGGAACUCAAGUUUAACACAGUCCUGCGGAGGCUGCAGCACCGAGUGGGGGAGACCUGCCUUCUCCGCAAAGCCCUGCAGCCUGGGGCUGAGGGAGGCCAAGUGUCUUUGCACAGCCUGAUAGAAACUCCUGCCAAUGGGACCGGGCCAAGUGAGGCCCUCGCCACGUUCCUGCAGGAGACUGUCGGGGAGCUGGAGGCUGCCCAGGCCCUGGUGCUGAAGAGGAUCCAGAUUUGGAAACGGCAGCAGCAGCUGGCAGGGAAUGGCGCACCCUUUGAGGAGAGCCUGGCCCCACUACAGGAGAGGUUGUGUCCUGUACACGUGCACCCGGCGGACGGGGCACAAGCAGGAGUUCUUCCAGCCCACAAUUCUCUCUUCAAGCCCCGUGCCCAGAGGAAUGGGAAGUCUAUUUGGUCUAUUGGGCGGGGCACCUUUGAAAAUGCACAAAAGCAUCGUAUGUGCUGGCAGCUGACCUGGGUACCAGAGCCCUGGGGAAGAGGCAGCUGGGUUUCCACAGAGCUUCCAGGCACUGAGAAGGAACCUUCCUCCCCAGAGCCAAGGUGUGAGAGCCUGGUGGACAUUUACUCCCAGCUGCAGCAGGAGGUGGGGGCGGCUGGUGGAGAGCUUGAGCCCAAGACCCGGGCAGCGCUGCUUAGCCGGCUGGAUGAAGUCCUGCGAACCCUCAUCACCAGCUCUUUCCUGGUGGAAAAGCAGCCCCCCCAGGUUCUGAAGACUCAGACCAAGUUCCAGGCCGGGGUUCGAUUCCUGCUGGGCCUGCGGUUCCUGGCGGCCCCAGCCAAGCCUCUGAUGGUCAGGGCCGACAUGGUAACCGAGAAGCAGGCGAGGGAGCUGAGCAUGCCCCAGGGGCCCGGGGCUGGAGUAGAAAGCACUGGGGAAAUCAUUAACAACACCGUGCCCCUGGAGAACAGCAUUCCCGGGAAUUGCUGCUCUGCCCUGUUCAAGAACCUGCUUCUCAAGAAAAUCAAGCGGUGUGAACGGAAGGGCACAGAGUCUGUCACCGAGGAGAAGUGUGCCGUGCUCUUUUCCACCAGCUUCACGCUCAGCCCCAACAAACUCCCUAUCCAGCUCCAGGCCCUGUCUCUGCCCCUGGUGGUCAUCGUCCACGGCAACCAAGACAACAAUGCCAAAGCCACCAUUCUGUGGGACAACGCCUUCUCUGAGAUGGACCGCGUGCCCUUUGUGGUGGCUGAGCGGGUGCCCUGGGAGAAGAUGUGUGAAACUCUUAACCUCAAGUUCAUGGCUGAGGUGGGGACCAACCGGGGGUUACUCCCAGAGCACUUCCUCUUCCUGGCCCAGAAGAUCUUCACCGACAACAGCCUCAGCAUGGAGGCCUUCCAGCACCGUUCUGUGUCCUGGUCACAGUUCAACAAGGAGAUCCUGCUGGGUCGUGGCUUCACCUUUUGGCAGUGGUUUGAUGGCGUCCUGGACCUCACCAAACGCUGUCUCCGGAGCUACUGGUCAGAUCGGUUGAUCAUUGGCUUCAUCAGCAAACAAUACGUCACUAGCCUUCUUCUCAACGAGCCUGAUGGAACAUUCCUCCUUCGGUUCAGUGACUCAGAGAUUGGGGGCAUCACCAUUGCCCAUGUCAUCCGGGGCCAGGAUGGCUCCCCACAGAUAGAGAACAUCCAGCCAUUCUCUGCCAAAGACCUGUCCAUUCGCUCACUUGGUGACCGAAUCCGGGACCUCGCUCAGCUCAAAAACCUCUACCCCAAGAAACCCAAGGACGAGGCUUUCCGGAGCCACUACAAGCAAGCACUCCAUGGCUCUCCUUUCCUCCCCACAACAGCUGAGCAGAUGGGUAAGGACGGCAGGGGUUAUGUCCCAGCUACAAUCAAGAUGACUGUGGAGAGGGACCAGCCACUUACCACCCCUGAGGCCCAAACGCCUACCAUGAUGCCCUCUUACGAUCUUGGAAUGGUCCCUGACUGCUCCAUGAACAUGCAGCUCGGCCCAGAUAUGGCGCCCCAGGGGUACCCACCACGCUCUCACUCCAUCCCCUCAUAUCCAGCCCUUCCCCGGGAAGAAUCGGUCAAUGUGCUGCCAGCCUUCCAGGAACCUCACCUGCAGAUGCCGCCCAGCCUGAGUCAGAUGGGCCUGCCCUUUGACCAACCUCACCCGCAGGGCCUGCUGCCGUGCCAGCCUCAGGAGCAUGCCGUGUCCAGCUCCAAGCCCUUGCUCUGCUCAGAUGUGACCAUGGCGGAAGACAGCUGCCUGAGGCAGCCGGUGGGAGGGUUCCCUCAAGGCACCUGGGUCCGUGAAGACAUGCUCCCGCCCUUGCUGCCUCCCACUGAACAGGACCUCACCAAGCUUCUCCUGGAGGGGCAAGGAGAGUCAGAGGGAGGGUCCUUGGGAGCCCAACCCCUCCUGCAGCCCUCCUGCUAUGGGCAGUCUGGGAUCUCAAUGUCCCACCUGGACAUAAGGGCUAACCCCACUUGGUGAUCCCAGCUGGAGGGGGAGCCCAGAGACAGCUCUCCUGCCCCCAUGGACCUGCUCUGAACACCUGCCUGUGCUCCUGCCAAGCAGCAGCUGGGGAGGGUGUCCUCCUAUCCCCACCUACUCCCUGGUCAGGAGGAAAAGACUUUGCCAGGAGAAUGUACAGUGGGUGGAACAUAUCUACUCCUUCCUUCCCACCACACACCCCUGCGCUCCACUUUCCAAAUACUGGAAGGGAAAUUCAGGUUCCAAGUGAGACACGCCCCAAAACGCCUGCACAUGCAGAACACACACACACACCCUCUCCUUAGAAGAUGUGGCUGAGCAGGAAGGGGGCUGGGCCAGAGCACAGGUGAGGGCACGGAGGGCUUCUCUGCUUGCCCUGAGCCGGGGCUCCGGACACACAUGUGGAAACACACAGACACGUGCACACAUCUGCUUCAGAGGCUAGGGAUGGAAGUAUGGGCUUGGGUCCCAGCCCUGGGGGCAUGGGAAACAGUUCAGGAGAUCCUGCGAGAGAGGGGGGUCUGUACACAUUUGGUUGCUGAUGUGGGUUUUGCCCAGAUUAAAAAACAAAUCCCAGUCAGCUCCAAAUUCCUGUCAGUCAGAUGCAGGCUUCUGGAUAUGUGUAUGAGAUUGUGCAGAAGUAUAAGGGCUGAGUUUGCGUAUAGCUGUGUGAAAGUGUGUGGACCUGAGACGUGUUAAUAUAUAGAUGUCACGUUAGUUUUAUGGCCACAUAGAACACGCACCUCUCUGAUUUUGCCUGUGUGACAACACGUUUGGAAGUGUGAGACACUGCUCAAAAGACACCAGCGAGUAUACUAGCCUCUCUGAUGUAUGCUAACCCAAAUGUACUAAGCUUUGAGUAUGACUGUGCCCAAGUUGAGUCUAUGUGGCUGUAGCUUCGGUGGCUCAACACCUCCAAUCCUGCCCAGAGGCAGAGGCUGAGCCUGGGGUCCAGACUCAGGUGUGUGGUCCUCAUGGUGUAUUGGGGGCCCUACCCGCUUCUUCUUUUCUAUUUCCCCACCCACCGCCAGCUUCCCUCCACUCCCCAACCCCAUGCCACCCUUUCUCCAUCUUGGGGGUCAUAGAUCCUAAGCCAUAAAAUAAAUUUUAUUCCAAAAUAACAAAAUAAAUAAUCUACUGUACACGA